AAACAAGGAUUCAGCCAAUUGGAGUUGUGUUGUCACACUUGCAGUACCUUUGGAAUGGAAACUCCCACUAGUGCUUAUUAUUUAAGGCGAGGCAGAUCUGACAGGCUGGGACAAAACCUGUUGGAUGCCUCUGCCUCUGGACCUCCUCCAGCUCUGGAGUGUUUUGGUGUUGGACAGCCAGAGGACACACUGCAUGAACAACGGGUCAUCAAAACCUUGAAUGGAUUAUAAUUAAUCUGAUCUGUACAAUCAUUAACCCAACAUCAACUGUAGGAGCAACAGCACAGAAGAUCUGACUCUAAAUUGAUCCUCAGUGAUCAGUUCAUCUCUGGACAAAUCCGAUCUUGCUCUCUGAGUCAGGAGACCAAGCUGCAGUCAAGGCUUUUCAGUUGACAGAAAGUACUCUCUGAUGACCAUCUUGGAUGGCCACAGGUCUGUGGCAGCAGUGGCUAUGAACAGCUGACUGCCUUCUCAGUGUAAAACCUGAGCAUCUCAACAGAAUUCAAUAGACAUGGUUCAUUUCUUUGCUUGUUUUGAUUGGUAACUGAUCAUUUAUCAAAUCAAUUCAUUGUUGUUUGCUUGAUAACUAGAGUAUCUGGUCAGCUAACCACACCACAACUGAUCUGCACACUACUAAGCAGAGGCUAGUUUAGGUUUAGCAAGCAGCUGCUUAACAGUGUACAAAUGACCUUUCUAAAGCCAAAAACUAUUUUAUUUUAGUAGUUUUGGAUGUCAUUCAUAGGAUAUUUGUAAUAAAAAUGGCAAGUCUCUACUGGAGAUUAUAAAAUUCUCACCAUCACUCAAAGAUUGCACAACUAAACCUGGCUACAUAAAGAGCCAGCAAACUACAGGAGGAAUUACACCCAACAGAUAUACUGACUUAAAUUCCCAUGGAGGGGAACAACAGCAACAUGGAGUGUCAGAUCUGUCUCAAUGAGUACAGCUGGAGACGCAGGGCCAAGCGACUGGCCUGCCAGCAUACCUGCUGCUCCGUCUGCCUGAGUCACCUGGUCAUGUUCAGGCAUGCUUAUGUCAACAGAGACCAGAUGAACAGACCCAACAUGGAACAAAACUCAUGGACUAAUGGAAGAGGAGAGCCUGAGCUCAACUGCCUCUACAGAGAAGCUCCAGUCCAAAAUAACUCCACAGAGGUGAAUAUGAAUACUGUGGGGAGAAGGGAGACAGCUGGGAAGACCAGGGCAGAGGUUCAAGUCUUGACCAACCAAAGAGAAGGAAUGACUGAUCCAAACGUGGCUGGUGCUGGUCAGGCGGACAUACUAGUGAGCUUCAGUAUGCCAAGAAUGGGUCAGAGCGACAGGACUGGGAUCAGCGCCAACCAAACUGAGGAACAGGCCGGUCUGUAUGAGGUUUGCAGAGUCCCAAAAACUAUUGUGGCCAGUCAAAAAACUAUCAUCUGUCCCUGGUGUCGGUGUGUCACUGUACUUGCUCACGGCAUGUCUGUCAAUAGUCUCCCUGAUGACGAGGAGAAGCUGUCUGCUGUUGUUCCAGCAGCAGCAACACCGCUGCUAAUCCCUGAGUUCACACCUGCGUUCAUAAGAAUUCUACCCAACACCAGCUCUGAAUCCAUGCUGCCAGCGUGCAUCAGUGUUGAUGGAAACCAUUAUAGAGACCCAACCAGAGGACCUGUAACAUUAGCCCUUUCUGACCUAGCUUCUCUGUCUCGGGAUAGAAACUCAAGGAUGUGGGGUGUCCAGGGUGAGAGGGUGUGUGUAGAUGAGGAGAUGGUGGUAUGCAAGUACAGGAGGAGAGAGGAGGGGUGGGAUGAAGGAGGAAUGGAGGAGGAGAAGAGGUCCUCCAAGAUGUGGACCAGAGUUUGUACAGUGUUCAUUUUGGGAUUAGCUAUUUUCUUUCUGAUAUGCAUCGUUUUGCACAGCCUGAUGUGUUCAUCUAAGCCGUUCACCAUGAUCAGCUGUGGCUGACGGGGGCUGUCCUCACUAUGUUCUCCUCACUAAGAGCAAGGUUUAUCAGCAGGACAGAGUCAUGUCUUUGACAGAAAUGUGUAGGUCGUGUCAGGCAGAAAAAAUGACACUGGAUCAAUGGGAACAUACUUUAUUUAAGGAUGCAUCAAUUAAAAUCCCAUCAACAAAAGCAACCAUCAAAGUUCAUCAAAAACAUGGUGUGUUUCCUCCAAGCUUAUAAUAAAAAACCUGCAUCAUCUAUAUCGGCUGUAAUUUUGCUGAUUGGCAAAUGAUGUGUGUGAUAAGGUACAGUACCAUUUGGAUGAUAUGUGUGUUUCCUGAUUUUUAUAGUUCAUACUUAAUUUUCUGUGAAUCCUAUCAGUCUUGUUUUUAAAUGGCCACUAGAUAGUGCUAUUGCAUUGUGAAACGCACAAGCAGACGAGGUAAACAAGAGGUCAAAUGAGUUGGAGAGCUAACCCUAUCUCUGAGAGUUAAAUACAGCAGCAACUGUUAGAUUGAUAGCAACUGGCUGUGUGACCUGCAUCACACCCAAAAGCAAUGAGCUGAAAACAGCAGGCUUUAUUUUAUGGCAUAAAGAAUACUCACCUCUUUUUGCAAUUCAACAAAGCUGUCCAUGUAGUCACAGAUUACAGGUGAUUUUUUUCAGUAUAGCAAGUCAACUUAUGGCACAUAUGAGCCAAAUACAAUAUAUUAUGAGGAAUGCUUGAAGCACAUGGUAACACGCCCAAAUGAACCAAACUGAAAUGAACUUUACUUGUUCAAUUACAUGGAAAUUUGUCUUGCGACCAGUGUUUUGAUCCAGUAUAUAUACAAAAUAAAUAAAUAACAAACAC